UGUAGCUUGUAGCACAGCACGUAAAGUUUAAACUAUUAUCCUUUUUAGUUUUUAAACGUUUAGACGUUUUACUCGGUGUUGUUAGUUUCCCAAGUAAAUAUGAGGAAGAUAUUGAAUUCAGUAACUUGUUCAUCGUGUUAAUUUUAUUGAAAAAUGAUCAAAUCUAGAAUAAUGUCAUUCACAAUCAGGAAGUGUGUGUUCCAACGUGAAUUGCAUUUGUUGAGGCGAUCUUUCUUUAAUUCCACUGUUCUAAAUGGCAGCAACAAUCAAGAAGAACUCAUAUCAGAAUCUAAUGCUGAUCAACAAGUGCAUGGGGGACGUAAGAAAUUGAUAAGAGUUGCUAUAAUAGGUUUGCCAAAUGCUGGAAAGAGCACGCUAGUGAAUAAACUCAUGCACAGAUCUGUAUGUCCUACAUCGUCAAAAGUUCAUACGACAAUGCAUAAAACCGAGGCAAUACAUACAGAAGGAGAUACACAAAUUAUAUUCAUGGACACACCAGGAUUGACAAAAUCUAGCGAAAUGAAAACGUACAAGUUAUCAAAAACAUUUAAAGAAGAUCCAGAGAAUUCAAUCUCGAAGGCAGACGUCGUUGGAAUAUUACAAGAUGUAACUAAUGUAUAUACCAGACAUAAAUUUGAUAAAUUCGUUCUUGAAUACUUGAAAAAUAGAAGGGAAGAUACAGAUCUAUUGUUGAUUCUUAAUAAAGUUGAUAAAUUGAAGAAAAAGGAUGCUUUGUUAGAGGUGACAAGGCUAUUAACAAAUAAAGAAGAUUAUCCAACGUUCAAUGACAUAUUUAUGGUGUCUGCACUUGAUGGAGAUGGAGUAGAUGAUUUAAGGAAUUAUCUGCUUGACUCAGCGAAAGAAAAAGAUUGGGAAUACGAGCAGGGUACUUAUACCGAUCAGCCAAUUGAAAAGUUGAUAGAGCAAACAGUUCGAGCUCAAUUAAUGGAUAUACUUCCAUAUGAAAUGCCAUAUAAAGUGAUAAUAAAUGUCGAGGACUUUGGUGUUAGAGACGAUGAUAGUAUCUACGCUGCUGUAAUAUUAGAUUGCCCUAGGAGCAACUAUGUAACAGUUAUGUUAAAAUCUAAUGGUUUUAAAGUUAAAUGUUUACAAUAUCACGUAGAAAAGGAUUUGCGUCACGCGCUAAGGACUCCGGUAUCUCUCCGCUUGAGUGUAAUCUGUUCAAAAAGUCAACAUGCAUAAUAAAAUCAUUUUAUUAACAUGAAUAAAACGUUUGGAUGGUUUCUCUGUGCCCAUGCUUCCUUUAAAUGCUC